CACACCCCUGCUCGCUGCCUUCCGCCGUCCCGCAGCCUCGCGCCGCGCGCCUCCUGCCGACCCCCGCGCGCCCCGGCCGGACGAACAGCGGGCCCCCGCGGUGGGCGCCAUGCAGCGGGCGCGCCCCGCGCUCUGGGCCGCGGCGCUGACCGCGCUGGCGCUACUCCGCGGGCCGCCGGCCGCACGGGCCGGCGCGGGUUCGGCGGGCGCGGGCCCCGUGGUGCGUUGCGAGCCGUGCGACGCGCGCGCUCUGGCGCAGUGCGCGCCGCCGCCCGCCGCGUCCGCGUGCUCCGAGCUGGUGAGGGAGCCGGGUUGCGGUUGCUGCCUGACGUGCGCGCUGCACGAGGGCCAGCCGUGCGGCGUCUACACCGAGCGCUGCGGCGCCGGCCUCCGCUGCCAGCCGCAGCCCGGUGAGCAGCGCCCGUUGCAGGCGCUGCUGGACGGCCGCGGGCUCUGCGCCAACGCCAGCGCCGCCGGCCGCCUGCGCGCCUACCUGCUGCCAGCGCCGUCCGCGCCAGGUGAGCCGGCCGCCCCUGGAAACAGCAGUGAGUCGGAGGAAGACCACAGUGCAGGGAGCGUGCAGGGCCAGGCUGUCCCCAGCACGCACCGGGUGCCCGACGCCAGGCUCCAGCCCCUGCACACCAAGAUAGACGUCAUCAAGAAAGGGCACGCCAAGGACAGCCAGCGCUACAAGGUGGACUACGAGUCCCAGAGCACCGACACCCAGAACUUCUCCUCUGAGUCCAAGCGGGAGACGGAAUACGGGCCGUGCCGCCGGGAGGUGGAAGACACGCUAAACCGACUCAAGUUCUUGGACAUGCUUAGCCCCAGGGGCAUCCACAUCCCCAACUGUGACCGGAAGGGUUUCUACAAGAAGAAGCAGUGCCGCCCUUCCAAGGGCAGGAAGCGAGGCUUCUGCUGGUGUGUGGACAAGUACGGGCAGCCACUUCCCGGCUUCGACGCCCGGGGGAAAGGCGACAUUCACUGCUACAGCAUGGACAGCAAGUAGACGCUGCUCACCACGUGCACCGGGGGGCUGGGCCCCGGGGCCGCAGCGGCGUGUCUGGGGAAGCGGGAACAGACCCCGCAGGAGGGUGCAGGGGGCCCCCGACCCACCUGUGGCAAGCAGCCCUGGGGAAACAGGGCCUGGGGUCAGGUUGUCUCAGAGGCACUUGGAGUCCCUUGGAAGACCUUGGACUUGGACCUGUGCACGGUCACACCCAUGCACACAGGGAAGUCCGACAGCCAGCCUUCCCGGCACGGCUGCCACUGACUUGUCCUCACAGGCAGACUGUUGGAAACCACGAGGACUUGUGAAAGGAACGUGCUUCCCACUCACAAGUGUGGCUGGUUUUUCUCUGUAAAACGUAACAGAUAUUUUGAUAGUCUGUGAUUGAUACCAUUGUAAUAAAGUUUAUUUUCACUUAACACAAAAAUGAGAUUUUAAAUGA